UAUGAAGCAGACGCAACACAAAAAUAAUUACAAUAAUAAUAACAAUAUUAAUAAUAUUAAUUUAAACACAAAUACAAAUAUAAAUACUAAUGAGCCGCAGACAGCAAAUACUAAUAAAAAGAAAUAUAACAAUUAUAACGCAACAGCAACAGCUACUAAUAAACAACAACUACAACUACAACAACAACAACAGCAACAACAGCUACCACUACAGCAGCAAAGCAACAGCGAAACGGCGACAACAGCAGCCGCCUCAACAACAACAACAACAACAACAGCAGCUGCAGCUAAAGGCAAAUUAAAAAACAAACACAUUUACUUUGUGCGUCGUCGCUUUCGGCGCAACAAUUCAAACGCCUCCCAAAUCAAUAUCAGCAGCAGCAACAACAACAACAACAACAACAGCAGCAGCAACAACAUCAACAAUAAGAUUAAGCAUAAAACAAAUUUCAGCAGCAGCACAGCAAAAUCAACAACAACAGCACCAGCAGCAUCAGCAGCAAAAACAAGAACAAAAACAAAGAUGGGCGGCGGCAAAGAUAUUCGCCGCGGCCUGGAGCCAUUGGAGUUUGAGGAAUGCAUUGUCGAUAGUCCCGAAUUUCGUGAUAAUUUAAAUCGUCACGAGAAGGAAUUGGAUCACACUAGUCAGCAGAUCAAGCGCAUUAUCAAGGAGGUUAAAGAUCUAAUGAGUGCCGCUAAAGUACUUUCCACACGUAUGAAACAGUUGGCCAUUCUGCUAAACGAUUUCAACUUCGAGUGCAUUGGCACCGCACAGACCGACGACGAGAACGUCAUCUGUGAGAGCUUAAAGCGCUUCGGUGCGAUCAUUGGCACCAUCGAGGAUGAACGCGAGAAGAUGUUAACUCUGGCGGACAAGCAUAUCAUUGAAUCGCUGGAGGACUUUCGCAAGAAACAAAUCGGCGGUGUCAAGGAGAACAAAAAGAAAUUUGACAAGAAGACUGAGAAGUUCUGUCAGUCGCAGGAGCGCUUCCUAAAUAUGUCAACCAAAAAGCCAGAGAACACGAUACAAGAGGCCGAUGCCAGUUUGGGCAUGCAUGAGCGCGAAUACAUACAGGAGUCGCUCAGCUAUGUGCUGCGCAUCCAGGAAGUGCAGGAACGCAUCAAAUUUGAAUUCGUCGAAAUACUGCUGGCCUUCAUAUCCGGCUGGCUAGUAUUCUAUCACACCGCCCACGAGCAAGCCGAAGACCAUCGCGACUAUCUGCAGGAUCUGAGGCACAAAGUCCAAAAGACUCGCGAAAAUUUUGAGGAAGCUAGCGAAAAGGUCACCGAACUAAAGACCAAGUACAUGGAAAAGCGUACGGUAAGCGAUAGAAUACAUUGGCAGAAUGUUAGUAAAGCUUCAAUUUGCCAUUUUCAUUUACAGAAGUCCGAUGAGAUUUUCACCAAACGCGGUUAUUUGUUUUUGAUGGAAAAGAAGCCUUUUAAAGCAACAUGGACGAAAUACUAUUGCACAUUCAAGAAGCAAAAGCGCGAAUUCACAAUGCUGCAGUUCAAUCAGAUGAAUCACAGCUUUACGCGACCCGAGGCGCGUGAGGACGAGAAGCUGACACUGUUCUCGUGCCAGCGUCGGGCCUCCGAGUUCGAGAAGAGGUUCUGCUUCGAUCUAACAUUCAAGGAGAAGCCGGGCAUUGUUUACACAUUUCAGGCGCUAAGCGAGAAGGACCAUCGCUCCUGGCUGAGCGCCAUGGAUGGCACGGAGCCGACAUAUCUGGUGCCCGGCAAAAUGAAGGCCAAUGAGGCCUAUCAAUUGGAUGAGACUGGCUUUAUGUUUGUGCGUCGGUGUAUCCAAGUUCUAGAGGGACGCGGUCUCGAGGACGAGGGCAUUUAUAGAAAAAGCGGCGUCGGCACGAAAAUCAACAAACUGCUCUCCCUCGGCAUGGAGCGCAAGGAAACGGAUGAUGUAUUCACCGAUGACAAAUAUCGCGAUCUCAUGGAGAGCAACACCAUUGCCAGCGCCCUGAAAAUGUAUCUGCGCAAUCUGAACGAGCCCCUCAUGACCUAUCACUAUCACAGCGGCUUCAUCGAGGCAGCCAAGAAAGAGAGCCUCAAUCAGCGCGUCAACGAGGUGCACAAAUUGGUCUACAAACUGCCGCAGCCAAACUUUGAAAUGCUGGACAUGGUCAUCAGGCAUUUGACUGAAGUCUCGCGCAAGUACGAGAAGAACAAAAUGUCUGUGUUCAAUUUGGGCGUGGUCUUUGGGCCGACUUUGCUGCGUCCGCUGGAGGAGACGGUCGCCGCCAUACUGGACAUCAAGUUCAACAACAUUGUUAUCAACAUACUCAUCGAGAACUAUGAGCGCAUCUUCAAGAAUGAUCCAAGCAGCGGGGUUGCGACCGCAGUGAAUGCUGCUGUUACCGCUGCCAACCUGCAUCCCAGCAGCACCAGUCCGCCGACGAGAAUGCCGCGUGCCUCGCAGGUGGGCAAGGCCGCCUCCACGGGCGGUGGCGGCGGAGGCAGCGUCGGCGGCGGCGGCAGUGUAGGACGCAGCUCGAUGUAUUCGCCGCAACAGAAGGUGUACCGUGUGGUGGCCAAAUCCAAUUAUCCGGAGCCCACCAUGUCCUCCAGCUUGCAGAAUAUUCCAAAUGGCAUGAUCUAUGCGCAUGGGCCGGCCAGCGCAAGCAGCAGUACUCCGCCAGGCGGCGUUACCAACAGCAGCACCAAUGGCGGAGGCACUGGAUCCACGUUGACGGUGUCAGCGCAUGCCACAAACGGUGCACGGCCUGCCCAGAUGGGCAGCAUGAAAAACCUGCACGCCAUGACCCAAAGCGACAUCAGUGGACGUCGCGGCGGCGGCGGCGCUGGCACGGAUGCGGCAGCUGCCGUUUAUGGCAUACUGGGCGCCGGCGCCAAUACCAAUGGUGGGGCGGGGCUGCAGGCGCAUCAUGCGACGCCGGCAACAGCCAGCAGCAAUCUGCGGCAUGCCGAUUAUUUAAUGGCCACGGCCACGCCAGUGGCACAGUCUGCAUCCAGCAGCCAUAUUUAUACGAACGCCAGCAGCAAUCGUCUCAGCCUAAACAAUGUCUCCCCGCCCACGGCCGCCAUGCGCAAGGAGCGCCAGCUGCAGACCUCAGGCAGCAGCAGCGCCGUCGUCGGAAGCGGCCCCCAGCAGCAUCCGCCCGUUCAGCGCAGCCACUUUGGCUAUGGCCAGGCGAAGCACUAUUCGCCCGUGGCAGCCGCCUCCACAUCCAGCUCCAAUGAGAGCGUCUGCGAUUCACUUUCCUCCAACAAUGGACUGGUUGGUGGUGGAGGUGCGGGCGGAGUCGGUGGCGGUGGCGGAGGAGGGGGAGGCGGCACUGGAGGCGCUGCUCUAAUCUCUGGCGGCAGCAGUGCCAAUGUGACGCGUCUGUUAAACGCGCGCAGCUCCAUUGAUUAUCCGCCAAUCACAUCGCAGGCAUCGUCACUGUCCACGCUGCUUGGCUCCACCUGUGAUGACAUUGUGACGGCCACCGCGGCGCCAUCCAUGAUCGGUGGCAGCGGCCUGGGGAACCUUAGUGGCAGCGGCUCCACCAACGAGAGCGCCGACUAUGCGCCAACCAAAAUGCAUCGCAACCGUGACAUUAACCAAAUCAAGCGCGAUCUAUCCGCGGGCACGGCACGCGUUCGUACUUUAUAUGCCUGUAUGGGCGAGAGCGAGGGCGAGCUAUCCUUUGAGCCAAAUCAGAUUAUAACCAAUGUGCGCUUCUCACACGAACCGGGCUGGCUGCAAGGCACGCUGAAUGGCAAGACGGGUCUCAUACCCGAGAAUUACGUGGAGCAUCUGAAGCCAUACCACUAGAGUUGGGUUGACAUUCUGUUUGCCGCUCUUAACCCAAAACCCGACUCCUCCGUCUCCUCCACCCGUAACUGCGUUUAGCCUAGUAUUGUAAGUCCGCAUUAGCCUACAGCUCUGCAUAGUUGGGGCGCUAUCCAAAAUCACAACUGUAAAAUUGUAUAAAACUGAAACUGAGAGAGGAAACUGCAACGGCGGCGCAAAUAUAGCUGAUGCUUAAAUGGGUAUAGUUAUAUGUAUGUAUAUGCAUACAUAUAUCAAGUAUAUAUCCAUAUAUAUAUUAAUAUAUAUAUGUAUGCAGUCUGCUUAUUCUAUUGUUUAAUCUUAAUCGUAGCUUUAAGCCUUAUGUGAAGUGUUAAGUCUAAGCCAUAAAAGCCACCAGUUUACUUUAGUAAUUUACUGCAACCAACAACAACAACAACAACAACCACAACAACAUCAACAACAACAACAAACAA